AAUGCUGUAUGCGGACCGACGGUUCCUGGCACCCUGCAACCCACUGCAGGCACAAACUUGAGCACUCUCAACCCGUGUCCCCUCAACGUCUGCUGUAAUGUCUGGGGCCAGUGUGGUCUAACUGACGACUUUUGUGUCAUCUCCAAGUCUGAAACUGGUGCGCCUGGAACCUCUGCUCCUGGCAAAAAUGGAUGCAUCAGUAAUUGUGGCAGAGACAUUAUCAAAGGGCCAGCGCCAGCAGAGAAGAUCAAGGUUGCGUAUUUCGAAUCCUGGAACCUCGGCCGCGACUGUCUGAACAUGUGGGUCGACCAGAUCGACACAAGUCAAUACACGCACGUUCACUUCGCAUUUGCCAAUAUCACACGAGGCGACUACAAGCCUGAAAUUACCGAGCCAUGGACUCUAAGGCAGUUUCAGUACUUCAAGCAAAUGACGGGCGUCAAGAAGAUCAUUUCCUUUGGCGGGUGGGACUUUAGCACCGCCCCAGAAUCCUAUUCCAUUCUUCGGGAAGCUGUGUUACCUGCCAACCGCGAAAAGUUCAAGAACAAUCUUAUUGCCUUCAUGAACGAGCACAACCUGGAUGGAAUUGACCUCGAUUGGGAAUAUCCAGGGGCUCCUGAUAUUCCGGACAUACCUAGCGAUGACCCCGUGAAUGGUCUGAACUACUACCGCCUUCUGUCCGGUCUGAAGUCGGCUGUUGGACCUUCCAAGUCGGUUUCGUUUGCCGCACCGGCGUCCUACUGGUAUCUUAGG